UUCCUCCCAAAGAUAUGCCGCGUACGAUUCCAACCGCACACCUACACCUUGCAGGCUCAGCGCUCGUAUAUCAGCACUCGAUGAGGCCUAUAUGAUGCCUAAGUCCGUUCAAAAUUGGAAAGACACAAGCCGUCCAUCUGUCCACCGAUAAUUUAUUCUUCCUAAGCAAAUAUAUCCACUUCCUCUUUAACAAAAACAUCUUUACCCUCAUGCCUAAACCCCAUCCAGACGAACAAGGAAAGUUCAGACUUACUAGCCACGUCCCGAAAUCUUUGGGCAAAUCCACUGAUUCUGAUAUUGAAAUGAUUACCUUAUACCAUAACGUCCCGUGCUUACCCCUGCCGCAUAUCCCUAUAGAAUUCAUGUUCGCUCGGUUCGCAUGGUCCAUCUUUGAUAACGGCAUUAUCGCGCUUUUUAGCAACGACAUCCAUCACAAGCACCAGUACUCUGUCCUAGUCCCCGAAAAAUCCGGAAAUCCCGCCUCGCCACUAGUGGAGAAAAUAAUAACACUAAAAGAGUUUAUCCCCCCCCAAUCGAAGGCUACCGGCAGUGGCAAGAAGCGCGAUGCCAGCCACCUCGAUGCCGAUCUUCCAGAUUAUCCCAUGGAAAGCGACUUGGUAUUUUCUGUCCGUACCGGCAAUUUUGUACCUUACGACGAUCCGCGAGAGCCCGGCGACCGCGGUUGCAACCGCAACCGCUACGACGAUUCAGACGUAUGUAGCAAUAAGCGAUCCCGGCUGUCUAUUCAUUCCGAUAGCGAAAGCGAGUGUGACAGCGCGCUCGUGUGGCAUAGCGACGGCGCAAACGAGAGCGAAGCCGAGGAUCGUAUCUCUGAAAGAGAAGAAAAGAAUAGAAAUGACAAAACCAUGGCUUAAACUGCACACGUUCCUUUAAACUUAUCUUCGUUUAUGAUUAGCUUUAAAAGAGUAACGAUCUUAGCUUAAGCUAAAGCUAUUAACACCCCUGAAUUACUAAUACCUUAUAUUAGGUACUUAAUUAAAAGCUGUAAAUUCCCUAUUCUCCAUAAAAGAAUCUAUUUGGGAAAUUUUCA